AUGGCUUAUAGUUUCUUGUUACGCGAUUCGUGCAAUGAGAGAAAAAAUUAUGUGGCUUCAUACCCGAGCCUACCCAUUUUGGAGAGUGCGAAGUCCUCCUGGUUCCCCAUUUUGUCUGAUGAAACCGGUGACUUCAAGAGGCUGAAGCGAACUGCGAGUGUUGGCACGUUCCCCACUGACAACAGUUAUGACGAUAGUGGUAAUGGCAGCAUUGUUCGUACUAAUAGCACGGGUAGUUUGAACAGCUUUCCAAGGCUUCACUUUCGCGAUCACAUAUGGACAUAUUCUCAACGAUACCUUGCAGCCGAGGCCCUAGAAGAGGCUACAACAGUCAUUGGUUCGGAGGACAGAGAAAUUGAAGGCGUAGAAGUAGACAGAAAAGGGGAUGGAACAAAAUUAGUCCAACAACUCAUUUCUUGUGCUGAAGCUGUGGCUUGUCGGGAUAAGUCACAUGCUUCAGUCUUAUUAUCCGAGCUUCGGUCUAAUGCUUUAGUCUUUGGUUCUUCGUUUCAACGCGUGGCAUCCUGUUUCGUGCAGGGGCUUGCUGAUAGGCAGGCUUUAGUUCAACCCCUAGGCACUGUUGGCUAUGUAGCUCCUAAAAUGAACGUAAUGGACAUUGCCUCGAUAAAAAAGGAGGAAGCUUUACGCCUUGUUUAUGAAAUUUGCCCACAUAUUCAGUUUGGUCACUUUGUGGCAAAUUCUUCAAUAUUGGAAGCCUUUGAGGGAGAGAGUUUAGUCCAUGUGAUGGACUUGGGCAUGACCCUUGGUCUGCCACAUGGACACCAAUGGCGCGGCCUAAUUCAAAGCCUCGCCAAGCGCUUGGGUCCACCUCCCCGUCUUCGGAUCACAGCGGUCGGCCUCUGCAUUGAUCGAUUUCGAGUCAUUGGAGACGAGCUCGAGAAUUAUGCACAAAGCCUAGGACUGUAUUUGGAGUUUUCAAUGGUAGAAAGCAACUUGGAACACCUUAAACCUAAAGACAUCAAGGUUCUUUCUGGGGAGGUCCUCGUAGUCAACAGCAUCCUGCAACUACAUUGUGUGGUGAAAGAAAGCCGGGGCGCCUUAAACUCGUUUUUGCAGAUAAUUCACGAGCUCUCGCCAAAGGUUUUAGUCCUUGUUGAGCAGGACUCGAGCCACAAUGGACCUUUCUUUCUUGGACGAUUCAUGGAAGCGUUACAUUACUACUCUGCAAUCUUCGACUCCCUCGACGCCAUGCUCCCAAAAUAUGACACAAAGCGUGCUAAGAUAGAACAAUUCUAUUUUGCCGAGGAAAUCAAGAACAUAGUAAGCUGCGAAGGGCAGGCCAGGGUAGAAAGGCACGAGAGGGUCGACCAAUGGCGUAGAAGGAUGAGUCGAGCUGGAUUUCAACCUGCACCGCUGAAAAUGUUAGCUCAAGCCAAGAAAUGGCUAAACAACAUCAAUGCCUGUGAAGGCUACACCAUUGUAGAAGAAAAGGGUUGCCUUGUUCUAGGAUGGAAAUCUAAGCCCAUUGUGGCUGCUUCUUGCUGGAAAUGCUGA